AUGCUUUGUUUGUCCAAAGACUUUCCGGCCAGCUCCUUCAAUCAGCUGACCAAAGCUUCUACUUCUUUCCUUGACAAAAUGGUGCCAGUGGCCAAUUUGCCCAAGACCCUUGGUGUAGAGUCUAAGGAGAGACCUGAUAUUCACCAGUGCAACCUACAAGGAGUGAUGGACUUCGCAGCAAGCAUCGAGACACGUCAAGGAGUUCUGGUGGUCUACAAAGCAUCGAGACACAUCAAGGAGUUCUGGUGGUCUACAGAGCAUCGAGACACUUCAAGGACUUCUGGUGGUCUACAAAACAUCGAGACACUUCACGGACUUUUGAUGGUCUACAGAGCAUCAAGACACUUCAAGGACUUCUGGUGGUCUACAGAGCAUCGAGACAUGUCAAGGUGGAGGCUGCCCUCUGCAUGGAUUGAGAUCAUCCAGAGUGUGAUGGACACCGUACAGUACCACCACUACCAUCACCACCACGGUGGCGGGAUGGAGGCUGCAUCACCCUUGGACCUCAGCAUCCGAAAGAACGUGUUGGAUGAGAUGUCACGAAGCUCUGUUGGAUUAUGGGCAAAGGGAGCUGCAUUGGGGGCCAAGACCCUCAAGGAGGUGAAGAUGGAGAACAUAAAGUCACCAGCAGGGGGACACAGUGACUUGCUGGAAGAAACAGGACUGUACAAGGACCAAACCUGUUUGCCCCUGCGGAAACGCAGAUUCCCCCAGUCGCCAAAGGAAGAGAAGCCCCCAGUGAAGCAAAUUAAUGAUGGUGACUGGACAAGGCAGUGCUGCAGAUCCUAUGUGGCAAUGCCAGUAGCACCUACGCCGGCCUUUUACCAAGGUAGUCCGGCUCCAUUUGUAUCCUCCACGGUGUACUCCACUCCAGCCAUUAUGACCCCACGACCCCUGAGACUAGUGCCAGCAGUGCAGCUCAGUCCAGAAUUAGAUCUUCAUGCAGACAUCAUGGCAGCUACCCGUGCGGAUGACGAUGGGGACACAGCUCUGCACAUCGCUGUGGUCCAUGAGAACAUCUUAGCUGUACAUAGGGUGAUCUCCCUGCUAAACCAUGGAAGAAUAAACCUGGAUAUAAUGAAUAAACUCCGCCAGACACCCCUCCACCUUGCCGUGAUCACCAAUCAGCCAAACCUUGUUGGCCUCCUACUAGAACAUGGAUCCUCGCCCAGCAUUCAGGACCGCAACGGACAGACUUGUGUUCAUUUGGCGUGUGAAUAUGGAAGUAUUGCCUGCCUAGAAGUUCUGAUGAGAGUUGGGACCAAAGACCUGGAGGCCACCAACUAUGAGGGUAUGACCGCAUUGCACAUAGCUGUCAGUACAGAACGCAGGGACUUAACGCUUUGUUUGCUGAAGCACGGAGCUGAUGUGAACGCAGUGGAUAUAAAAAGUGGACAAAGUCCAUUGAUCCAAGUGGUGGAAAGCAGCCAGGAGGAGCUGGUGUCCCUACUUAUUCAACAUGGCGCCAAUGUCAAUCAGCUGACUUACGCUGGAAAUACAGCUCUGCAUGUGGCAAGUGGACGAGGCCUUGCUGAGAUCACACGUUUACUUCUAAAGAGCGGUGCAGAUGGCAGCAUAAAAAACUGCCACAACGAUACAGCUUUGACUGUGGCAAAGGACAGAAAGAUUGCAGAUAUCCUCCGGGGAAAGUCUUCGUCUCCACGAGCUCAAAACGAAAGGUUCAAGGGAGAAAGUCGAGAGAAUACUGUCACACCACCACAACACAGAAUUGUAUCACCCAGACCAACUUCCGUCAGUCCACCUCUGUAAAGAGAUAUGGAUCUGUUACUCUCCCUACCUCAGACUCAAUACUGUGACCUGUAUAUAGGAAAUUUGUUCAUCCAAAGAAGAUGGAGACUGUCACUAAGAGUCAUGAUGUCUGGUCCUCUAUAAAUGA